AUGGAGCGCAUCUGUGAGAUUUGUUCACCAAAGUGCUUUGAUCAUUUUUCUCGGGAUGCACUUCAAAUGGAAAAGCAUAUUGUGGAAGCAGAACCACAUUUCCAUGUGAAGUCAGAGGAAGCGGGCACAACCCUUGGUGGUUCCAAGACGCCUCGGAAGCCAAAGAGAAUCUCUAAGAUUUGCACAGGAGAGCGCUUUGAUGGUUUCUCUCUGGAUGCAUUUGAAAAGGAAAAGCAUAGUCUGGAUGAACCACACUUAGAUAUGCCACCAGAGAAAGGUCAAAAAACUCUUGAUGGUAAAGAGAAGAAAAAGGCCAAGGGUUGUUUUGGGAGGCUUCUGAAGACGUUUCAUAUUCAUUCAUCUGAAAAUGAUGAUGAUGCAAAUCAACGAGAAAAACACAAAGUAAAAGAACAUAUAGAAGUGUCUCAAGAGAAAUUUCCUAAGCCUACCACUACCAUGAAAGAUUCUUUUCCAAGUGAAGUAGGAGGGAUCAAGGCCAUAAGGACACUCAAACCUGAACCAUCUGUAAUAGUGAAAACAGAAGAAAAGAAAAGCGUGCUUGAUGACUCGGAAAAUAAGCAGUCAAAGAUCCCUGCUACUACCACCCACUUCUUGGUCCUAGAUUUAAAAGAUGCCUUCUUCUCUAGUCCCUUGUCCUCAGAAUCUCAGGAUAUCUUUGCUUUUACGUGGACUGACCCUCAUACCCGCCAUUCUCGUCAGCUUACCUGGACCGUCCUCCCGCAGGAAUUCAGGGACAGUCCACAUCUCUUUGGCCAGGGACCACUCAUCAAUCCUGACCUUAUCUGGUUCACUGAUGGCAGUUCCUUUAGGCAGAACGGCACUCAUUACUCUGGAUACACCGUAGUUUCGGCCACUGAGAUUAUAGAGGCCAAAGCUCUCCCUUCAGGAACUACCAACCAGCAGGCUGACCUUGUAGCAGCCACUUGUGCCUGCCUUCUUGCGUCCCAUCAGAAGGACCAUUCUCUUAUCACUGAGGGCAGCGCCAAAGCUGACCAGGCGGCACGAAUGGCUGCUAUCAUUUCCAAUUAUGACCCCCCUGGGGGGACAUAUAAUGGCCGCUUUAGACUGUCCAUCUGA